UUCCUAGAAAAGAAUCGCGACGCAUUCUCGGCCGAUCUCCUUGGCCUUGUACAGGCAUCAAAAAUGCAUCUUCUUCUGCGAAUAUUUGAUAUUGUGGAUUAUAAUGAAAAUGGGACCAUUAGAGGUAAAGGCGUUACUGUAAGCGGUCAAUUCCGAAAGUCUCUCGAUCAGCUAAUGCAACAACUCAAUCAAACCGAGCCGUUCUUUAUUCGCUGCAUUAAACCAAAUGAGUACAAAAGAGCUCUAAUGAUGGAUCGGGAUCUUGUGCUUCGUCAGCUACAGUACUCUGGAAUGAUGGAAACUAUCAAAAUUCGACGAAACGGCUAUCCAAUUCGUCACGAUUUUGAGCCAUUUGUCAGACGCUAUCGAGUGCUGGUCAACGGAGUUGGAGCUCCCAAUCAAGUUGAAGUUCGUACUGCUGCUGAGCAAAUCUGCAAGAAGGUGCUUGGUUCAGAAUCAGAGUUCCAGCUUGGCAAGACGAAAGUGUUUCUCAAGGAGAAGCAUGAUCUCUUUCUAGAACAGGAGUACCAUCGAAUGCUGGCCUAUCGCGCUACUAUCAUCCAGAAGAAUGUUCGCGGUUGGCUGGCACGGCGAUCUUUCAUAAAGAAGAAGGAAGCAGCUACAGUGAUCCAGAAACACUGGAGGCGAUAUGAUCAGCAGAAACGCUAUAAUCAGAUUGUAGCUGGCUUUUGUCGCCUGCAGGCGGUUCUUCGCUCGCGACAACUUGUGCUACACUACCAAACCCUUCGACAUAGCAUCAUACAUUUUCAGGCUGCAUGUCGUGGGGCUGUUGUACGAGCUAGAAUCCGAGAGUUGAAGCAGAAAGGACAGAAAAGGAUAAUUGCACAAGAAGAGCCAAAAGAAGAGGAGAGAGAAGAUUUGAAAGAAGAAGAAUUGGUUGGCCAACUCUUCGAUUUUCUGCCGAAUGAUUCUCGACAGGAAACAUCCGCAGAUGAGUCGACUAGCAGCGACAGUAGACCUCCAAGCAUACAGGCUCUUCAAAACGAUAAGCCCAAUGUUCGCGCAGUCGAUGUGGGUGACCUGGAGAAAUAUCAGUUCGGAAAAUUCGCAGCUACUUAUUUCCAAUCCCAAAUUACCGCUUUUCAUUCAAGAAAACCCUUAAAGACGCCUUUACUCUCACAUCAGGAUCCAGGAACACAAUUGGUAGAUCUAAUUAAGGCUGCCAUGGCUGUAUGGAUUACAAUACUACGGUUUAUGGGUGAUUUCCCAGAUACGAAGCCAAACAUGGGCAAUGGAGAGAUUUCGGAUAAGACUCCAGUUAUGAAUCGACUUUUCGAGACAUUGGGUAGAAAAUACAGUAAAAAGGAUGUACAAGAAGCUGCUAAUGCAGAACAUUUUGACAGCGCUGGGAGAACCUUAAAGAAGGGUAUGGGCAAGAAAUUGAUUUCUAUGACAUUGAAGAAGAAGACGAAGCUGUCAGCUGUCAGUUCGUCGUCAUCUGACCACUCCAGCGACUCUUCAACAUCAUCUAAUGCGCUGAUGGAGAAUAGGCCGAUGAGCUCACUUGAUAAAUUGCAUUAUAUCAUCGGAAUGGGUAUCCUGCGUGAGGAGCUUAGGUAA